AUGAAGGCUGAAAAGUCCCAUGAUCAGCCAUUUGCAAGAUGGAGACCCAGGAAAUCUGGUGGUGUACUUAAUGCAACAGAGGUCUUCCAACGCUUCCUGACGUCACAGGUGUCAAUAGAGAAAUCCAUCCUGCAGGCAGAUAAAGCCCUGACCCAAGGGGAGAAGGCCAUAGCAGAGGAGCGGGCUAAGAAGGAGCAAGCUGAGAAGGAACAGGAGUGGCUAAGACAGAAGCACAAGGAGCAGCAGCAGCAGAUUGAGGUGCAAAAUAGGAGUCUGGAGGAAAACAUAGUCCAACUGAGAAAGAAGCUGGAGAAGGACAGAGACAAGGCUCUGAGAGAACAGACAAGGAUACUGGAACACAAGCUGAAGAUCCAAGAGGAAUUGCUUAACGAAGGAUUCAGGAAGAAAUCUGAUGAGAUGGAGGCAGAGAUAAAUCGUCUGAAAAAUUUGAUUGAAAGUACUAAAAAGGAUAAAACUCCCUGGAUUGCACGGGCUCUGGACACACUUGCUGAUGAACUCUCUGCAAUCCUAGCUAUCCCUGGUAAACUAAUUGGCAAGGGUCUGAAUGCUUUGAGCUCACUGUGUAAAUAAGAUUAGUUUUCUUUAAAGAAAAUUAUAGAAUGUGCAUAUAUGCUCUGCCCUAUUUUUAGUGUGUAUGGUUUUUAAUUUUACUCACAAAAGUUUUAAACAUAAAAAGUGCCUACUAGAGGAUUUUAGUGCCUGACAUACAUUGAU